UGGCUGAUGAGGCCACUUUGACGAAGAAGUGCGACGCACACGGCCCACCCGCGCUUUAAAGAAUCUUUGAAACUAAUAGCUAAUAAAGCCUCCAUGUGUUUGUUUUUGAACUAUUUGUUGCUGUAAAGGCUGCAAAUGGCAAAUAUCCGUGAUUCUGACACCACGAGGAUCAAACACGCGCAGAGUCACGGCCCCUCUGGGGGUCUCGUUAUCUCAUGAAGGGGCAUCGAGCAGCCUUUCUGCUGGCGUCCGACUCCGAGCGAACCAGAGUGCCACGAAGUCACCGAGUGGCCGGAGUCUUCCUGCUCAUCGAAGGAGGGGAAUACACCUUCGACUCCGGCGCGGCCGAAGCGGCAUGUCGUAUUCUGAACGUAGCCAUAGCAACCAGAGCCCAGGUGGAGCGGGCCCAGCGGCGCGGGCUGGAGAUGUGCAAAUUCGGCUGGAUAGCUGAACAGAUCGCAGUCGUCCCGCGCCUUACAGCUGACAAAAAUUGCGGGCAGGGCGCCACUGGUGUGGUGAAGUGGAGAGCAAAGCUGGAUCAGAAGUUUGGUGUGUUCUGCUUCAAUGCCUCAGAUUUUGUGGAAACACCAAACGGUUCAACAGCCGGUGCACAAAGCUCGCCUCUCCCCACCACAGUGCCCCCGAGGCCAGAACCCGGUGGACCUUCACGCGCGUCAGCCACCAAGCCGCCUCCUUCAAUGGCGCCAACAAGCACAAACGCUCCCGAGCGGACAGCUUUCCCUCCAGCCAUCACUCCCCUCGUCGGGACGACACAUUCCACGAGGAUUUCCACCACCUACCCCCCCCCAAAGCCUUCCUCCACUCAUGUUCCUACGUCUCUUUCUCCACUUAGAACCUCCAAACCCUCGGCCAUCGCCUUGACCUUUCUUCCUUCUGCUCGGGCCUUCAGCUUCUCUCUUUCCGCCGAGUCAGCGACGCCACAGCCAACGAGCUCGGCGACUCCUUCCUCGGGAAACACUGUAGCCACAGCACUCAUUGUCCUCGGCAGCAUCGUCGCCGUCGCCAUAGUAGCCGUCCUCCUGGUGAGGUACUACAAGCUGAACGUGUUCACGUAUUGGCCCCGGGGGCCACAGAGGGACGACACAGAGACGGAGAUGUGGAAGCACGGCGACGGCGAGACGGACCUGUACAGUGGACACGAAGGCGAAGAAGAGGAAUCAGACAGGAAGUACUCCAGCGACAUCACUCUGUGCGUGAAUCCAGACUUCAGAACAAACACCUCACAGUAGCUUCACCAUGUUUGAAACUUUUUUACAUGCUUUGAUUGGUGUCCUUUGUUUUCUAUGAAGAUAUAAAUAGUUAGUUAGGGUUAAAUAGAGAAGAGCAGAGACAAAUACCAAGUGUUUCUUUACUGCUACAGAAUAUUAUCUAAAUGUAAAGUAAUGGAUUAAGCCAAACAGCAGUAAUGAAGUUAAAACUAUGCUUUUAUUAGCUUUAACAUUACCGUUAUGAACCUAUUAAUGAAUAAAUAAUUACAAUUAGAAUCUAUAUUUUUUCUGCAUAAUGACUAAUUUUAUGUUUUUUUAUUUGGUACAUAAGUACAUAAUUGAUGCCAAUAUUUUUACUUUAACUUUAGUAUAAAAACUGCAAGCUGGACUUUAGUACUUCCACACUUACAAAGUAAGUUAGCUUUGUCCACGACUACUGCUAGUUAUAGUCUCUCAUUGAAUUGGUGUGAAAUAAAUAAAUUCAGGUGCAAACCCUCAAUGGGUCUGUGAAAGGUGAAUAAAUAAGAAAGAAGUGUUUAGCUUUUCUUUUCUUUUUACCAGAUAGGGAAGUAUAAUAAGACUUACUGUCCUAAAGAUGAAUUGAAAUACAACUUAAACACAACCAACAAGGGAAA